AUGGGAAGCAUCGACUUUGGUUCCGUCGUUGGAGCACUCAAGAAGUUGCUCUUCCCGCAGUCUGAGAAGCUCAGGGUUUGCGUCACUGGGGCGGCUGGUCACAUGGGUUCCACCCUUUGUAGGCGUCUGAAGAGGAAGGGACACUACGUUAUCGCCUGUGAUGGGAUCGACGACGAGCUGAAGGGCCCGUGUGUGUUCUGGGAUGAAUAUCUCACCGUCGACCUGACAGUCAUGGAUGACUGCUUGAAGGUGACUGGGGGAGUCGACCUUGUCUUUAACUUCGCCACCUCUAUGGGACAUCUGGGUUUCUUCAGGGAGUUCAACCCCUCGGUGACAAAGGAUAACGACACCAUAAUUGGCUACAACAUGGCCGAGGCAGUGAGAAUCAACGGUGUGGAGAGGUACUUUCAUGCCUCCAUAGCUUAUAUUUCUGCAGAAAGCCAACAGGGGGAGGCCAUCGCCCGACUUGCUGAGCAUCAACAUCCUACUGCUUUUGAAAAGCCUGAGACGGAGUUGUUGAUUGAGCGCUACCACAAGAAAUUCAGAUUUGCUGGCCGAAUUGGGAGGUUCUAUUGCAUUUAUGAUCCCUCCAGAUCAUGGGAAGGUGGAAGGGCGGAAGCUCGGCCUGCAAUCAUGGAUAGCUAUGCUGAAGACGUGCUGAGUUUGAUGAAGUCGGACCGCCAUGAGCCUGUAUACAUCGGUAGUUUAAACAUGUGUGAGCUUGUGGUCCUCGGGAGCGACGAUCACAAGAAACUCGGGUGCGCUGGGGCGCUGAUGAAUUGUCUGAGAAUGCCGUGCUUCUGGAUCAAAGAACAGAUCGGGGAGGCAAAAGCGCAGAGGACUGAUGUAUCGGCCGACGCGUCAGUGGAAGUGGUGGGCACUGAAGAAGCUGUCGACUGCAAUUCGCCUCGAACUGCCGAUGGCGAAGAGUGA